CGGAUUCCCUCGAUCUGGAAGAAGCCCACCACCGAGGCUCUACUUUUGCCAAGAGCACCCUCACCUUCCCGCAAAUCAAAACCCACCUCCUCCUCCUCCUCCUCCGGCCACCGCUCGCCGUCGCCCGCGCCGCCAUGGCCGGCCGCCGCCUCGCCCUGCUCCUCCUCGCCGUAGCCUCCGUGUCCCUCCUCGCCGCCUCCCCCGCCGCGGCGGCUCGCCCGUGCCACACUUUCUUCGUCUCCUUCGCGGCCAACCCCAACCCCAUCGUCGGCGACGGCGAGGUGGGCGACCACCGCGGCGCCGCCCUGGCGACGGCCACGGUCAUCACCGUCUUCCGCGUCCGCCGCCUCGGCCCCCACCUCGCCCACGUCCACGGCCACGGCCACGCCCACCCCAACCUCCACCACCUCCACUCCAUCCCCGCCAACGUCCAGAUCCGCCGCCCCGAGCUCCCGGAGCACCCCCGCCCGGCGGCCCAUGCCGCGGACAGCUUCCAGGAGCGCGCCAAGGACAUCCUCGUGGUCGUCGUCGGGAUCCUCUUCGGCGUCGGCUGCGGCGCGCUCACCGCCGCCUCCAUGUACCUCGUGUGGUCCGUCCUCGCCGGCGACGCCGCCGCCGCGCCCUCCCCCUACGACGAGCUCUACGGCGACGAGGACGAGGAGGCGUCCGACUCCGAGAGCCCCAAGAAGGUCGGCUACGUCAUCAUCCCCGGCGUCGAGGCGCACGACGGCGGCAUGAACUAGCUCUAGGGUUUGGUCAAAUCCGUGAUGAACUGGGAAAAAUUUACCUAUCUAUGGCCUAAUUCGUGAUGUCCGUGUCAUUCCGUGAUGUGUGUUUGUGGGCGGGGGGGGGGGGGGGGGGAGUAUUGGGUGGUGUGCACUCCAUGUGAAUACGCUAGCUCUUGAAUCUUUGAUGCGCCCUUACUCUAUGAAAUGUGCCUCUUGUUUCUGAUAAAACUCAUCGGUUGCAUGCUUUGGUGCUGCUCGAUGCUAUGAAAAAUGCUACUGAAAUUGAGAUGUGCUAUGUGUUGUUGUCA